AAAAAAAAAAAAAAAGAAACGCGCUGGCUUUCUCAUCUUUUUCCUUUCUAUUUUAUUAACUAACGGUUGAGAUAUUCAUGGACAAAUGGCUUCAGCGUCAACCAAAAAAGCAACCAUCAGGCAAUAAACGACCAUCACCUCAACGACAACAUGAUUUGACAUUAGAAAGUAGAAAGGAACCAUUGGAGACUACUUUCUUGAGAGAUAUGGAACGAGCUAAGGCCAUCAGUUUGACCUAUUGCAACAAUGACUCCUUGGAUACUUCUGAAAAUACUCAAUCUUUGAAAGUACAACGCAAGCCAUCAAGCAAACGUGUUCUAGAACCUGCCGAUACAACCUGGGAUGUGGAUACCUUUGUAGACGGUCUACUGACAUCAGGUGUACGUGUCAAUCCAUCAUUACAACAGCAAGUCGAUCAACCAAGGACAGCAGAGAGGAAGGCUCAUGUCACAACGGAGGACAAAGAUGAAUGGGAACCGACGUAUGAUCCUGAAACAGAUACUGUCUAUGAAGUUGCAACAACAGGCCAUGAUAGCGAUGCAGAAGCGUUGUUUUGGGGUCAGUUCCGGCGUGAACGUUGGCAUAAGCAAGAUAUCCAAAUGGCCCAUGAUGCUGCAAAGAAAAAAUCCAUGGUGACGGCGAUCAAGAAAAACAAAAGAAUCAAAACUAAUUCUACCUUUGUACCCAAUAAUCAUUAUGUCACUUCGGAUGAUGUCUUGGAAAAUGAUUUUGAAGCUUCUGGAUUCGGUGAUAGUGUGGCUGGUCUUACUUGGGAAGGCAUUGGGCAAUCUCGGUAUGCAUAAUAUUUUGUAUGAUUAGUUAGUGUGUUGUUGUUCAUUAUAAAGAUUACAUCAUAAUAAAGGAUCCGUUGUAUUUAAUGGUGAAACACAAA